AUGGACUUCAAUCGAAAAUGCUUUGUUCAAACGCAGGUAUUCUGCCAACUGCGAUUUGUUGUGCAGUAUAGGCAGUAUCUGCAUCAAACCUCCACCCAGCUAUUCAACAAGACGGCCUCUCUGAUGUUUGCAAGAUCUCAAGCAAAGCUACUAACGAAAGUAGCGAAAAUCGCUUCCAUUUCUCAACCUAUAAAUCGUAUCAUAACAGUGGAAUGGACAGAUGGGAUGAAAGGAAAGUUUCCUCUGAUCUGGUUAAGAGAUUGUUCUCCGGAUCCUGUUACAUAUUCUAUUGGACCAGCUAUGACUGCCCGUAAUCUUACGAUGAACGAGUUUGACGUUGAACAGUCGCCAAAGUCAGUACGUCUGGAAAAUGAGCAACUUGUAAUCGACUGGAAAGACACUCAAUCAAGGUUCGACUCCGACUGGCUGCGACUUCGCAAUCCCUCCGAUGAGGAAAUGGCAAAUCGCAGAAGAUCUGUUUACUUGUUUCCCGAUAGCACUUGGGGUAAGGCGGAAAUCGAAAGAAAGCUCAAGAAAUUUGACCAUAAUGCUGUGAUGAACGAUGAUAAGACCCUUCAUGAUUUCCUGGAAGCCGUGUGCCUAGAUGGAAUUGCUUUGAUAAAAAACGGUCCCACAAAUACCAGAGCAGCAGUUCCAGAUAUAGGCGAGAGGAUUGGAUUGAUACAGAGCACACAUUUUGGAAAAGUUUUCGAAGUCACAACUAAAGCAGACGCCAGCAACAAAGCCUACGCAUCCAGUGGACUCCUUCCAUUCCACACCGAUUUUCCUUCACUUGCACAUCCGCCAGAGCUACAAAUGCUUCACAUGGUCCGAAAAGCCGAAGAGGGCGGGAACAACUUCUUUGUUGACGGUUUUCAAGUCGCAGAACAGAUACGCAAAGAGAGGCCAGAUGUUUUUGACAUUCUCACCAAAUAUUCAUUAGAAUUUAUCGAAGAAGGUUAUGACGUUCACGAAGGCCCCAAUGGCAAUCCCAAACGAUUUGAUUACAAUAUGAGUGCACGUCAUCGAACCAUAAAACUAGAUGAGCACGGUAAAGUGAUCAAGAUUCAGUUUGGUAAUGCUAUGAGAAGUUGGUUCUAUGAUUGCGAUCCAGAAAAGAUCCAAGAUAUAUACAGAGCCUUGAAGACGUUUACGGAUUAUUGCUACAAAGAUGAAAAUGUGCUCAAAUUGCCUUUGGAAAAUGGAGAUACCGUACUCUGGGCAAAUACUCGUCUACUCCAUACGCGAGACGCAUAUCGCAACGCACCCGACGGAAAUCGAACUCUGACUGGUUGCUAUUUCGCUUGGGAUGUCGUUAAGUCAAAAGUACGUUACCUUCGACGAAAAUUGAACCUGCCGAGUGCUCAGCCAUCAGCUUGAAAUACUUAUUUUUUCUUUGCACAAAUGUACACCUCACAUAUUUAUAUCACAGCAAUAAAUCUAUACUUCAUAA